AUUCACUCGAACAAACUAUAACAAAAGAGAGAGAGAAGAACACUUCAUCUUCUUCUUCUUCUUCUUCUUCUUCUUCUCAUCUUUUCUUCUCUUUCUUAUCCUUUUGAUAUUCAAUAAUGGCUUCCAAGCUUGCAUCUCCCACUGCAGUCAUGGCCUCAAUUCCACAAUUCAAUGGCCUCAAAGCUCAAGCACCAUCAAUGGUGAGCUUGCCAUCACUUCAGAAGAGAGGAAAUGGAGGUGCUCUUGGUGCUCGUUGUGGCUUCAUUGGCUCACCAACCAACAUAAUUAUGAUCACUACGACGAGCUUGAUGUUAUUUGCUGGGAGGUUUGGGUUGGCACCGUCGGCGAACAGGAAGGCGACGGCUGGGCUGAAGCUGGAGGCACGUGAUUCCGGCCUGCAGACUGGAGACCCUGCCGGAUUCACCUUGGCAGACACCUUAGCUUGUGGAACUGUAGGCCACAUUAUGGGUGUUGGCACUGUUUUGGGUCUCAAAAGUCUGGGUGUCCUUUAAAUCAAUCUGUUCUCUUAUUUUGUCAUUAAACCUUCUAUCUUCUUCUUAUUAUUAAUACUCCUUGCUUCAUAAUCUUUGUUGUAAAUGAUCUUAUCUUUUCCUUUGAUCUCUCUCUGUUUCAUGUACUUAUGGACACAUGCAUUUACAAUUGCAUUAUGUUCAUUAAUUAGUUCA